GCUUUGGUUCAAAGUCUGCCUGGAUGUUUAUAUAUAAACUACCGCUCCCCGUUUCGUGCCAGCCAUUUAGCAGUGCAAUUCAAAUCGACAGCACUCACUUGAAAUCAAUCAUUCAUUUUGAAGACAGCUAAGUGACUCGAACAGACAAAAUGAGGGAGAUUGUGCAUCUGCAGACCGGCCAGUGCGGCAACCAGAUCGGAUCAAAGUUCUGGGAAGUAACAUGCGACGAGCAUGGUGUCGAUCCAACCGGAGCUUACAGUGGCGACUCCGAUCUCCAACUGGAGCGCAUCAACGUCUACUUCAACGAGGCCGCCGGGGGCAGGUACGUUCCAAGAGCCGUGCUGGUCGACCUCGAGCCAGGCACCAUGGACUCCAUUCGCUCAGGACCGUACGGACAGAUCUUCCGACCGGACAACUUUGUGUUUGGGCAGAGCGGAGCAGGGAACGUCUGGGCCAAGGGACACUAUACUGAGGGAGCAGAGCUAGUCGAAUCCGUGAUUGACGUCGUCAGAAAAGAAGCCGAAGGCUGUGAUUGUCUACAAGGAUUUCAACUCACACAUUCUCUAGGCGGUGGCACUGGCUCUGGCAUGGGUACGUUGUUGAUUAGUAAGCUGAAGGAGGAGUACCCUGACAGGAUCUUCAUGUCAUUUAGUGUCUUCCCAUCCCCCAAGGUCUCCGAGGUGGUCGUCGAACCUUAUAACGCUACCUUAUCAGUCCAUCAGCUCGUGGAGAAUACCGAUGAAACGUACUGUAUCGACAAUGAGGCCCUCUACGACAUCUGCUUCCGUACCCUGAAGCUGACCACACCCACGUACGGCGAUUUGAACCAUAUUCUGUCGUACGCAAUGAGCGGUAUUACCGCCAGUCUUCGUUUCCCCGGCCAACUCAACGCCGACCUCCGCAAACUUGCCGUUAACAUGGUGCCGUUUCCUCGUCUUCACUUCUUCAUGCCUGGUUUCACGCCUCUGACGAGUCGUGGUAGCCAGCAGUACCAAGCCUUGAGCGUUGCCGAGCUCACCCAGCAGAUGUUUGAUGCCAAGAACAUGAUGGCUGCUUGCGAUCCUCGUCAUGGCCGUUACCUCACCGUAGCGACCAUGUUCCGAGGUCGCAUGUCCAUGAAGGAAGUCGACGAACAAAUCCUCAACACACAGACCAAGAACAGUACUUACUUUGUCGAGUGGAUCCCCAACAACGUCAAAUCCGCCGUUUGUGACAUACCUCCUCGAGGUAUGAAGAUGUCAGCAACUUUCAUUGGGAACAACACCGCCAUCCAAGAAAUCUUCAAGCGCAUCUCUGAGCAGUUCACCGUCAUGUUCAGAAGAAAGGCCUUCCUUCAUUGGUACACUGGUGAGGGUAUGGACGAGAUGGAGUUCACUGAGGCUGAGAGCAACAUGAACGACUUGGUGUCCGAGUACCAACAGUACCAGGACGCUACGAUCGAUGACGAAGGAGAAUUCGAAGAAGAGGAAGGGGAUGUCGAUCCCGAGGAGGCAUAAGUCAUCUUCCAUCAGAAAAUCAACCCGGACUCUCCUCCCCCCCCCCCUCAUAAAAAAAAUCAAAAAAUCAACAAAUCAACAAAAAAUAGAAAGAAAGAAAGAAAGAAAAAAUCAAAAAAGAAAUGAAAUAAGAUAAAAACAGAAUUCCUAAUUGUUUUACUAACAUUAACAUCAUUCAUUGCGUUAUGGGUUUUUAGACAUGCAAAAUUAAUUUUCUAAAAUAGCGAUAGCCGUAUAAUAAAGUACUCUUGAUUGUAUGUGUGUUUUUUUUCUGGGGGGGGGGGGGGGGGGGCGGGGGGGGGGGCGUUGGGGUUCGAUUUUAUCAAUAUGAAAGCAGCAAACGUUUUUGGAGUCUGUGUAUAUUCAGGAAUACGUUCAUAUUUUCUACAUGUAAAAUAAUAUGGUAUCAAACUCGGUAAAUUCACUUAAUUGAAAUUGUGGAAGUGCCUUGCUAUUUGCUAUUUAUGGCAUUAUAUUUACAAAUUCUCUUACAAAGUGAUUGCUGUUAGAAUUUUAAUCAAAUCAUUUGCUUGGUCAUGCCCUCCAGAUGUCUAACAUUUCUGUGCAUUAAAUUGAAAAUAAAGUACAUAUAAUCAGUGAUUCAUAAAACUGUUCAUUCUUUAGGUAUGUUGAUAGUUCCAUGGUACCUCACACUAACUUUUCGUGAAUAUUAUUAGAAAUAAAACUUAAAAGAUGUUGCCGAUGUACACAAAUAGUACUAAGAAGAUUUGAUUAUGCUGAUGUUGUCCAAACUGCAAAUGGCGUGAUUGUCAUUUUUUUGUUUAUUCAGACUCGUAAAAUAUCCAAUCCUCUGGUUCGCUCUUUUUCACUGUUUUACUACAUCUUCACUUUCUACCCCCUCUCUCUUUCUCUUUCUCCUUCAUUCCAUCUUGUCUAUCUCACAAAUUUCCAUCUGCCAUGUCUGUCCAUCUCAUUUUCCUCUCUAUCCGUCAUCUUCAUCGGUAUUGUUAAACAUGUUUUUACAAUCCUCAAUUCUUUGUUUCUGUUCCUUGAUAGUGUGAUUAUAUUAAAAUUUUAAUGAAAAUCAAUCAAUCGCUAAGAAGCA